AUGGCUCCCAUUACCGACCCGAAUACGCUGGCCAACCACCAUUCCGUGGUCACCGAGUACACCACGAUCGAUGUAGCUUUGGACUUCAAAGCUUCGUCGGUGUCCGGUGAUGCGACGCUGAAGCUCAAGGUGCUGAAGGACGGCGUCGGAGAGGUGGUGCUGGACACUAGCUACCUUGACAUCAAGUGUGUGGCGAUUGACGGCAAAGAGACGACAUGGAAACUCGACGACCGAAAGGAACCAUACGGAAGUGCUCUCAGAAUAACCUUGACGAACAAGCCAAAGGCUGGAGACUCGAUAGAUGUCAUGAUUUCGUACAGUACCACCGAGAAAUGCACUGCGCUUCAGUGGAUGACUCCAGACCAGACCUCCAACAAGAAGCAUCCCUACAUGUUCUCACAAUGCCAGGCGAUCCACGCCCGUUCGCUCUACCCAUGUCAGGAUACUCCGGCCGUCAAGUCUCCCUUUACGAUCUCGAUCCGGUCACCUCUCCCCGUAGUCGCCUCCGGACUCUCGACCGGCUCGAAGAAGUUCCAAGCUGGGACACCGGGCACCCUGGUCUACACUUUCCAACAGGAUAUUCCGAUCCCUUCAUACCUCUUUGCCGUCGCUUCGGGGGACAUCGCGUCCGCAUCGAUUGGUCCACGAUCGAUGGUGUACGCAGGACCGGAGGAGCUCCUCAAGUGCAAGACUGAACUUGAGGGCGAUACCGAGAAGUUCAUCCAGAUUGCGGAGAAGUUGGUGUAUCCGUAUCCGUGGACGACAUACAGUGUUCUGAUCUUGCCGCCAUCAUUCCCGUACGGUGGAAUGGAGAAUCCGAACAUCACCUUCGCCACUCCGACGAUUAUUAGCGGCGAUAAAUCAAAUGUCGAUGUCAUUGCCCACGAAUUGGCGCACAGCUGGAGUGGGAAUCUGGUGUCGAACGGAUCCUGGGAGCAUUUCUGGCUCAAUGAGGGUUGGACCGUCUACAUAGAGCGAAGGAUACAGGCUGCCCUCCACGGUCCGCAGUACUUUGACUUUUCGUCUAUCAUUGGCUGGAAAGCUUUCAGAGAGAGUGUAGAGCUGUUCGGUGCCGAUCACGAGUUCACCAAGCUCAUCGUCGACCUGAAGGACAAGGACCCGGAUGAUGCGUUCUCCAGUAUUCCGUAUGAGAAGGGAUUCAACUUCCUGUACUACUUGGAUCGCCUGGUUGGACGGGAGAAGUGGGACAAGUUCAUUCCGCACUACUUCAAGAAGUUCCACCAGAAGUCGCUAACUUCAUUCGACUUUAAGGACACACUACUGGAGUACUUCUCAUCCGAUGCCGAGGCUGCAGCUGCACUGAAGACUGUGGACUGGGAAGAGAAGUUCUAUGGUCCCGGCCUGCCUCCCAAGCCGGACUUCGACACCACACUCGUGGAUGUGUGCUACCUCCUCGCAGAUUGCUGGAAGUCGAUAGAGACUACUCAAUUCGAGCCCAAGCCAUCUGAUAUUGCAGACUGGGGCUCCGGACAGCUAGUAGUCUUUCUGGAGGCGAUCACAGACUUCGAGAAACCACUCACGCCGGCGGUGGUCGAGAAGAUGAAGGAUGCUUACAAGUUCCUAGACUCGGAGAAUGCUGAGAUCUUGAGCAGAUUCUUGACUGUUGCGCUCAAGGCGAAGGAUGAGAAGCUGUACGCUCGCACGGCGGAGGCGUUGGGACAGUGGGGCAGGAUGAAGUUUGUCAGGCCACUGUUUAGAUUGCUCAAUGACUGUGAUCGGGAGCUGGCAGUGGCGACGUUCAAGAAGAAUGAUAACUUCUAUCACCCGAUUUGCAGGGAGGCUGUUCGGAAGGAUCUGAAAUUGUGA